AUGUCGAAUCUGGCACAGAAUAGUUCUUUUAAUGAUAAAUUAAUGUUUGAAAAUGUUCAAAUCAUCUUCGGUAUUUAUCUUAUUCCAAUUAUAUGUAUACCCGGUCUUAUCUGUAAUAUUCUUUGUAUAAUUGUAUUUAUAACUCAUACAAUGCAACGUUUAUUAACAACACAAUUUCUUCUUUAUCUCACUAUAUCCGAUACAAUUAAACUUUCAAAUGAUUUACUGUAUUCAUUCGUUUUGAUUAUCCAAAUAUUUGACCAACAACUCGGUAAAAAACUAUUUCUCAUUCUUUAUCGUUAUUGUCAUUAUAUCAAUACUGUUUCAACAUUGUCAACAGCAUGGUUAACAUUAAUCGUAGCUAUCGAACGAUACAUAUUAUGUACUACAAACAGUCAACGACGAAUACGCAUUCAGAAGAAUUCUCGUUUAAUAUGUAAUUUAAUUAUAUUUGUAAGUCUUCUUGUCGCGUUACCUGUUUCAUUUCGUUAUGAAAUUGUUCCUAUAUCAUCCAAUGACACGACUACAUCGUCGGAAUCGAUCCAAUUGACACACUUUGGCAGUUCACGUUCAUUUCGUUUGUAUUCGAUUGUGAUCGAUCUAAUUCGUGCGAUAUUUCCAUCAUUAUUGUUAUUCUAUUUGAAUACACGUAUUAUUUAUUUACUCGUUCGAAUGAAAUCAUCAACUGGUACUGCAUUUUCUCGUUUAACACUGAGUCUUAUUGUUAUUAUUGGUUGCUUUAUUUGUUCUUACUUUCCAGAUGCACUUUUAUCAUUAGUUUUAGAUAUGGGUUAUAUUAAUGAAACCUAUCGUCGACGAACAAUAAGAGAAAUAACAGAUUUUUGUGUAACAUUAAAUUCAGCAACUAAUUUUGCUAUUUAUUUUUCUAUUUCCUAUACAUUUCGACGUGCUGUGUUUCGUUUAUUUCAACGACAAUCAAGAAAAACAUAUUAUCCAACAACUUAUGAAGAUCUUAUUCAUCGACAUCAAUAUCAAGCACGAUCUCUAUGUAAACAUGGAACUCCAUUGUAA